AUGUUAGCUGCCAGAUCUGGUGGCCAGACUGCUGGGCGACGUCUGCUGCUGUCUCUUCUGCUUCUCGGGACCUGGCAGACGGGGAGAGGCCAGCUGCGCUACUCGGUCCCCGAGGAGGCCAAGCACGGCACCUUCGUGGGCCGCAUCGCGCAGGACCUGGGGCUGGAGCUGGCGGAGCUGGUGCCGCGCCUGUUCCGGGUGGCGUGCAAGGAGCGCGCGGACCUCCUGGAGGUAAACCUGCAGAAUGGCAUUUUGUUUGUGAACGGUCGGAUCGACCGCGAGGAGCUGUGCGGGCGGAGCGCGGAGUGCAGCAUCCACCUGGAGGUGAUCGUGGACCGGCCGCUGCGGGUUUUCCACGUGGAGGUGGAGGUGAAGGACAUUAACAACAACUAGCCGGUGUUUCCAGCCACACAGAAGAAUCUGUUUAUUUCUGAAGCUAGUGCUCUUGACUCUCGUUUUUCACUAGAGGGCGCCUCGGAUGCAGACGUCGGGGAUAACUCUGUUCUGACUUACAGUCUGAGCCCCAAUGAGUAUUUCUCGCUUGAAGCACCAACAGACGAGGAGAAGCUAAAACCGUUGGGAUUAGUGGUAAGAAAACCUCUAGACAGGGGAGUCGAUUCAGAGCUUCUUCUGAUGCUUAAAGCGACGGAUGGAGGAAAACCAGAGCUAACAGGCUCAGUAGAGUUACUAAUCACAGUGCUUGAUGUAAACGACAACGCCCCGGUGUUUGACAGAGCACUCUACCCUGCAGAAGUACUGGAAAAUGCAAGAAAUGGUACGCUGGUGAUUAGACUUAACGCCUCGGAUUUGGAUGAGGGUUCAAAUAGCCACAUUCUUUAUUCCUUCACAAAUGAUGUCUCCCCUAAGGGAGAAGCCGUGUUUUAUAUAGAUUCAGCCAGUGGGGAAAUAAAAGUAAAUGGAAAAAUAGAUUUUGAGGAAAUGAACUUAUGGAAGAUUCAAGUGGAGGCAGUUGACAAAGGCAAUCCUCCAAUGUUUGGGCACUGUAAAGUCUUGAUAGAAGUCUUGGACAUCAACGAUAAUGCUCCAAAGUUAGUAGUAACAUCAUUAGCACUUCUUGUUCAAGAGGAUUCUCCACCAGGCACCGUCAUUGCCCUGAUCAGCAUGUCUGACCACGACUCUGGUGUCAACGGACAGGUGACUUGUUCCCUUAUGCCUGAUGUCCCCUUCAAGCUGGUGUCCACGUAUAAGAAUUACUAUUCACUGGUGCUGGAGAGAGCCCUAGAUCGUGAGCAUACUUCUGCCUACGAGUUGGUGGUGACCGCGCGGGAUGGGGGCUCGCCUCCGCUGUGGGCCUCGGCCACCGUGUCCGUGGAGGUGGCUGACGUGAACGACAACGCGCCGGCGUUCGCGCAGCCCGAGUACACGGUGUUCGUGAAGGAGAACAACCCGCCGGGCUCCCACAUCUUCACGGUGUGCGCGUGCGACGCGGACGCGCAGGAGAACGCGCUGGUGUCCUACUCGCUGGUGGAGCGGCGCGUGGGCGAGCGCGCGCUGUCGAGCUACGUGUCUGUGCACGCGGAGAGCGGCAAGGUGUUCGCGCUGCAGCCCCUGGACCGCGAGGAGCUGGAGCUGCUGCAGUUCCAGGUGAGCGCGCGGGACUCUGGUGUGCCUGCCCUGGGGAGCAACGUGACUCUGCAGGUGUUUGUGCUGGAUGAGAAGGACAAUGAAGCGCUGCUGGCGCCUUGGACCCCAGGAACAAUGGCUUCAGUAAGUGAACUAGUGUCGCUAUCAGUGGGCGUGGGCCACGUGGUGACGAAGGUGCAUGCCGUUGACGCUGACUCUGGCUACAAUGCCUGGCUGUCCUAUGAGCUGCAGGCAUCCGCGGGUGUCGCGCGCAGCCCGUUCCACGUGGGUAUAUAUAUUUGCGUAUGGGAGGAGAACCAUGUAAUAGAGUGA